UUUUUAGAAGGGACAAGGAAAAUAAAAAAAGAAGUGGGCGUCUUUUUACUGCUGAUACUGCUGCAACUGUAUGACUUAUAUACUUCCACAAUCUGGCUCAAGAUUUUUUUUUUUCAAAUCCCAUGAAAAACUACGGAUAAUAGUUAUUUGUCAUAUAUACUGCUGAAUGUCAACACUAGUGACAAGAAGGCUGAGAUAAAUUGUGGAUACUGCUCCUUUUUGCCAGAUUAUGCUGAGCUUGAAAUUUGAGCAAGUUGUCUCAUUUGGAGUGUCAUCAACAUUGCUUUGCGGAGCCCCUAUAAGAAGCCAUAGAAAUAGAUGAAAACAACAGGAUACAAUGGAUGCAAUAGAAACAAUGGAACAAAGCAGGAUAGACCCUGAUCCAGACACUCUGACAAUGCUUGAGGAUGAUGUGGACAUUAUUGAGGGGGUUUCCCAAAUACAUGACGAAGUUGAGGAUCUGCAGAAUAGUUUGCGGUUGGCAGUCCAGGAUGAGGCAGUGCGUCCCAAGAUGCAAUGCUUAAUGAUGGAUCCCUCCUUCUCAAUGGUUGCAGUGCAGGGUGAGGACAGUGGCAUCCAAUGGGAGACUAACUCGAGUCGCUGCUCCACCCCAUGGGGUUCCGAAGCCGACCCCACCCUUACCCCUGCCUCAGAAUUCUACGUUCCUAUUAACGAUAGGUCGGUAACACCAGGAUUAAAAGCUGGAACGGCGGGUAAAAUAACCUUUUUAAUGGAUGAGGCACUGAUGGUGAGAAGAGCGAGGACAAAAAUAAGCAGUGGAGGCGGACGCAUGAGCCGACAAGCUGAAAGACGGGAACAGGCUAGGGAUGACAUUGGUGAGUUGGUUGAGAAGCCAGAGCUGGUGGAGGUUUCCCUGCCCAAUGUGAGGGCAGAGCGAGAGGGGGAGGAGGAUGAAAAAACAGAUCCCAAAGAGGAGAAGAAGCAGAGUUUGUUCCGGCUGGUGUCAGAAGGCUCAGAGAUCCUGAACAUCGUUGUUCCUCCCAGGCUGGUGAGCAUAGAUGAGGAGGAGAGCAGGGUCAUGGUAGACAACCUGUCUUACCUGGAGCAAUCCACCUUCAACAGACUUAGUAAUAAAACCAUUGAAGAGGUAUUCGAGGAGGACAGCACACCACCAGAUGAGGGUGGAGAUAAAACAGUGGAAAACACUACGUCCUCCCAUCCCACCAGACCUGGUCAGACUGAUCCUCCCGGUGCUCCAGUGGCAAAGCAGUACAGCCGUGGAGCCCCCAGUGACAUUGACUACUUUGAACCAUUUAAUCUGAUGGAUGAACCCGCUCCUGGAGGCCCCACAGCCAUUGAAUUGGGACGGGAGGAGGCGAAGACGGACGGUGAAGAGGACAACCAACAGGCCAGGACAACCAGCAGGGCAGACCGGGAACGCUCCCAAGAAUCUGCACUUAUGAGUGAAAACCUCGAAGCUUCCAACAUAGAUGUCAAUGAAAAAGAAAUCUCCAGCGACCACCUGGAUGAAGUGUUCUAUGGUGGUAUGGACGAUAUGCCCUCUCAGAACUAUCUGAAUGUAGAAAGUCACCCAAAGUCACCCAAAUCCCCCUUGAAGGAGAGUGGAUCUGCCCUGUUUGGCAGCGAGGAGACCAUCCUCACCCCCAUCUUCCUCCCCUCGGGACCUCCCAAAAUCAUUAAUCCCACUCUGCUGGAGGAGCCUGUGGCCAUGGCCUUCCUCUACACAGACCUGUAUGAGGAAGCGGUGGGCAGCAGGGAAGGAGUGAAAGAGGAAGACAGGGAGAGUGUAACUUCUGAAAAAUCCUUCCACAGCAGACACUCAGACCGUGAGGACAGGGGGUAUCUGGAGAAGUUUGUCCUGAAGGAUGAGACACCCAUGGUGGAGCUGGAGAGGGAAGAAGCAUUAGAUGAGGGCUUCAGGACAUGGACCCAGGAAUCAUAUGCACUUGCCAGUUUUCUCGAACAACCUGAUGAAACAGAAGGGGAGAUACAGGGAGUUGAGCAAGACAUGACUGAUUUCUUCAGGACAAAUGCCAGUUCCUCUCCAUCCGAUGAAAGGUACAUACCAUCACUAGAUAAAGAAAAGAAUGAGGCGGAACCUGUGAAGAAAGACAAACAUGUCAAAGUGGACCAUAAAGUUUUAGACACGAUGGAAAAAGCAACUCACCCUCAACGAGUGGAAGAAAGGAAAACCAUGGUUGAGAUGGAGGCUCAGGGUAUCAUAACAGAUUUAAAUGAGCAGCCAAUCUCUGGCCCUCGGUUUCCCCUUGAGGGGGUAUGUGGAGAGAGUUCCAUUAAACCCUCCUCAGACCUUCAACUCUUUAAAAAACAUGACUCUUCCAGCAAGCAAAAACAAACACUGCCAUCUCCUCUGUGUAAGAAACAGACCCUGCAGAAAACCAAUCAGGAAGUUCUAAUGCCAGUUGCACCACCUAGAAGGAAGCCAGCAGUACCUACCAAGACCUCUCUGAACUUAGUGCCACUGGCUCGGGCCCAGACUCCAGUCGAGACCCUAGAAGAGGGAGUGAGUGAUGGAAGCAAAGAAGAGAGGGAGGAGGAAAAAGAGACGGCUUCACCAGCUGAGACUGCUGACGAGGGAGAGGGGGGCGGAGAGACUGGACAGAGAAAGGAGGAGAAAGAUGAGGCAUCACCAUUGGACAGCCUAUCCUCAUUUUACCAAUCCCAGAUUGCACUGCAUUCAAGUGCCACUACUGACCCAGCGAAAGAUGUGAGUGAAAAAGCAGCAGACAAAAAGACAGAGUUGGCAGACGGAAAAACAGAACCACUUCAGGCUGAGGAGAGUAACCACCCCAAACCAGAUACCGACCCGGUACUGGCAGCAAAAGACAAUAAAACAGAACCAGAUAAACGAGAGACAGAACCAGAGAGGGCAGAGACUAAACCAGCUGAGCCAGAGGUUGAACCAGAGACAAGUAGGGGGAGUAAUGAGACUGUACCAACUGAAACAGGAGCUAGCCAGAGAUCUACUGCCUCAGGUCCAGCCACAGUGACUGACUCAGCCAAAGAUAGAAAUGGAUGCAUUAUCCUUUGACCUCGUUUAGUGGGAAAAUGCAAUCUCCACUAUAGUUUUAUUGGCUUCAUGUUGCAGUAAUUGGGAACUGAAAGGACAAUGACAAAUCUACACAUUUCCUGAAUGGCAAAACAAAAAACUCUGGGUAUUUUUGUGCAUACAUAUGUUUUAUAAUUUUAAAAUAGUUUGGGUCAGUUUCAGGGCCUAGUGUCUGGCCAAGUUAACUCAACCUCAUACAAUAGGGUAAGUUUGCGACUAGCGUUGGUGGACUGGUGAUCCAGCAGCACAUCAAAUUCUUCAUAAAAAAGUAAAGGGAAAGCAACCAAAGAAUAGCUAGCAUUUACACAGAAGAAAACUGCUAAUUGUUGGGUGCCUAAAUUAAUAGUUUAAUGUAAUUUAAUGUGAUGUUGUAGUUUUAGUUAUUGGCCUCCAAUCACAAUUUGGCAAGGGCUGGGUUAACUUGGCUAGCCUAUGCUUGAAAUAAGAUUAUUCAUUGAGCAAUCAGUCAUGUAGCCUUAUUAUAAUGUGGGUCAUAUUUUAACUUUUGAAGUUAAUUCCUUAAUAUUUCUGCACUGUACAAUAAAAAGCUACUCAUUUUA